AUUAUAUCUCAACAACCUACUUACGAUUUUUUCGUUUGAUAAUGAAAAAGUCAUUGAGAGUUAAGGUAUAUAAGACGAAUAAACAUUCAUUUUAUUUGCCAAAAUGAAUUCUUUCUUAGCAAUCUGGUGCGCUUUCAUUUGUUUUACAACAACUAUUGCAUUUGUGAAAAAUGACACAAAACUUUGGUCCCACACAUUUGAAGUAAAUGAAAAAUUGUAUCUUUUAGGUUCGGUAAAAAUGAAUUUUGACGAUGCAAUCAAUUUCUGCAAGGUCAAUAAUUUGCAGUUGUUAACUAUAGCAAAUGAGACUGAAAAUACCAACUUCUACAAUGAGCUAAAGGAAUUAGGUGUUUUUCAAAAUAUAUCUGGAUUAUGGACAUCAGGAACAAAACUGGCAAAAUCAAACGACUGGAUAUGGUUGCCUAUCUUUGAAUUCAUUACGUUCUUCGACUGGGGUUCAAAUCAACCAGAUAACUUGUAUGGUAACGAGUAUUGUAUAUCCAUACUUACUCACUUUUUUGUCAAAGGUCAUUGGAAUGAUAUUAAGUGCGCAGAAUUACUCAUUCCUGUUUGUGAAAUGCCCAAUUAAAAUUAAACCGAAGAAAUAUUAUAAAUGUAUACAUUAAAAUGGAUUAAAAUAAAUAAUUAAAACAAAUA